CCAUGAUGCAAAGCGCCGUUGUUAUACUCAUCGUUUUACUCAAUGCGAGGAAUUGCAGCGGUGCCUCCGAGGGGUUGUUAAACUCCACGAUAGAAAAAUAAACAACUUUAACUGUGAUGGUUUUUGCUCCAACGACAUGGAGGUGAUCGAGACCAUCGUGAUACAGAGCGCUGGACAGGAGGAGAAGGAGGCGGUGGAGUCCAGCGUGGACGGAGAUAAAACUAAAGCAGAAUUUAUUUGGACAAUGCAGGCCACGUGGCACCUCAUCAACACCCGACUGGAAAUGGAUCAGGAUUUUGACCAGCCAGUGUGUAAGAAAAAGAAACUCUGGGAGAUGGUGGCGGAAAAGGUAAAUGCCAAACUGAGGGAGUCGGAGGUCACGGACGUCACUGUGAAGGCGUACGAGUGUGAUCUCAAAUGGAGAAACAUGCUGGCCACCUACAGGAAGAACGCGGAACGAGCCAAGAGGCUCGGGGAGGCCAGGGUCCACUGGGAGUUCUUCAAGGCCAUGCAUGAGGUCCUGGGCAAGAGAAGGGAGGAGGUGGAAGCCCAGCGCAGAGCAAAUCUCAGCGGGUCCAAAGUAGGAAGGGUCAUAGCCAGCAAGAAGUUUAUCCCUAUCCUCCCCACACCUGCUGCAACUGCAACAGCAACAGCCACACCCUGCCCUGCCCGGCCUCCACAGGACGUCCUGCAGCUGUACAUGGAGCUGCAGGAGAGGAAGAUGAACAUGUGGGCCCAGCAGAAAGCCUUGGAAGAGAGGAAGAUAGAGGCCAUCAACAACCUGGCCCAGGCCAUCUCCAACCUGGCUCAGCAGAACAGCACACAGCUGUCGAAGGACGGACAUUUGGCCUGAAGAAACGAGACGUGGAUCCAAACUUCUUACCCAAAAACUUUUAUCAUAUUGUUCAGAGAAAACUUUGUAUUAUACGUUUUUAGAAAAUGAACAUGUUUGCACAUUUGUUCUGUUACAGUUUAUACCGUUGUUUGGCGAGUGUGAAUUUUGUAAAGCUAAACAUGUUUCAAAGAAAACCGUUUGGGACGGGAGGUUGGCUUCAGAGGAGCAGAUGUUACUGGAGGGAGUGUGUUGGUGAAGCGGGUGCAGCAGGAGGGGGCCUGGUUAUAAAGAGAUCUGUUAGUGAGGAGAAGAACUUUGAGUAGGAUCUGCUGUGGGACUGGGAGCCUGUGAAAUCUAUGAUGGACAGGGGGGAUCUGGUCACAGGAGCAGGUGAGGAACUGAAUAUCAGAACAAAGGCCCAUGUUCAUUACAGAAGUUUUUAUCAGUCCUAAACUCAGCUUUGACAGAUCAGAUUACAUUUUUAUUUUCUCUUUGUAAAAUGAGGUGAAAAUCCAUCCCUCUGUACCACUUAUCCUUUUAAGGGUUGCUGGUGGCUGGAGCUAAUUCCAGCUGACAUUGGACAAGAGGCAGGGUUCAUCCUGGACAGGUCGCCAGCGUAUCACAGGGCUAACAAACAUACAAACAACCAUUCAUACUCACAUUCACAGUUUACUAGUCUCCAACCAACCCUUAAUCUGCAUGUCUUUGGACCGUGAGGGGAAGCCAGACACGGGGAGAACAUGCUCACACCACACAGAAAGACCAUGGUCAUGCCAAGAUUCAAACCAAGAAGCCUCUUUUUCCUUGAAAACUGUAUUUCUGUCUGUGUAGUCAGACCCAGACAAAGAUUUUUGUUAAAAUAAAACUUUAUUUUACAGGAGA